GUGCACCUAUGGUUAACCCUAAUUUGUUUUGGUUUGACAUCGCAUGUAUGAACACUGUAUAGGAUAAGGAAAUGAUGACAAGGAAUACUCUCGCCAACCGACCAGCUGCUUGUGGUGCACCACUUGAACUCGAAUAGUAUCCGACAUGCGCGACCUUUCAAAUGUCGCAAGGAUCUCCGUGUCGAGCUUCAAGGAAGAGCAUCCACCUGAGAAGAUGAUGGAUGGAAGCACCGAUACAUACUGGCAAUCGGACGGUCCGCAGCCACACUAUGUCAACCUUGAGUUCCCCCAACUUAUGACGUUGACGAAACUGUCUAUAUAUGUGGACCAUAGCCGAGACGAAAGUUAUACACCAAGCGUCGUUGCUAUAAGAGCCGGCAACAGCCACUAUGAUCUACAGGACCUGCAUCGAUAUGAGAUAGGAGAGGCCAGUGGAUGGGUGGAUUUCUCUUUAUCCGAGGAUGAAGAAACAUUGCGUCCAUUGCGUGCACAUAUUGUACAACUGUGCAUCCUCGGGAAUCUUCAAAACGGCAAAGAUACCCAUAUUAGACAAUUAAAAAUAUUCGGACCUAAUCUCCGCCAGGAUAUGCUGCCGGACAGCAUACCACCUUUCUCGACCCUCGAGUAUCAAAUGUAUUCGACGAUUCGCUGAACCUGAGUCUCAAAUCGCUUGGUGCUGGAAGAAUUGAAUUUAUCUUCAUCCGGCGUACCGCUUCACACAACUGGAGAGUCUCAUAGAAUAAAGAGUGGCAGUAACCCACUCCGUGUGAUCAGAUCACACAGCUACGCCAUACAGACAAGAUCAUGUCCAUUGAAACGAGAAGACUAAUUAUGUACAAACAAAAUCGCGGAUGUUGAAGUUUAAAUGAAACCUCAGCGUGAGUAGAUUGAGGUUUCCGGAAUCUUGUACUGUUCUGGAGGAAAAAAAGCCCCGACUUCGUCGAUGAUUUUUUGGCGGUUUGCCAAGUAAUGCAUCACAUCUUCCGUCAUCGGUCGAUAUUCUCCCUUCAGG